UUUCUCUGCGCUUGCGUGUAAAGACACGACCAAGCGUAGGCGAGGUGCGCGCGUCUCCUCAGCCAAAGGAUCUACAGGCGUGCUGUCCCUGCUCGUGGUCUGAUCGGGAAGAUGGCGUUGCACGUUCCGAAGGCCCCUGGCUUUGCCCAGAUGCUGAAGGAAGGAGCGAAGCAUUAUUCUGGAUUGGAAGAAGCUGUGUUUCGAAACAUUCAAGCAUGUAAAGAACUUGCUCAGACAACACGGACAGCCUAUGGCCCAAAUGGGAUGAACAAAAUGGUUAUUAAUCAUUUGGAAAAGCUUUUUGUUACUAAUGAUGCUGCUACCAUUUUAAGAGAAUUGGAGGUUCAGCAUCCUGCAGCAAAAAUGAUUGUCAUGGCUUGUCAUAUGCAAGAACAAGAAGUUGGUGAUGGGACAAAUUUUGUUCUUGUUUUUGCUGGUGCUCUUCUUGAACAUGCUGAAGAACUUCUAAGAAUGGGACUUUCUGUUUCAGAGGUGAUUGAAGGCUAUGAAAAAGCUUGCAGGAAAGCAUUGGAAAUUCUGCCUGAUCUUGUGUGCUGCUCUGCAAAAAAUCUUCGGGAUGUUGGAGAAGUGGCAUCCUUGUUACAAACUUCAAUAAUGAGUAAACAGUGUGGUAGUGAAAGCUUUCUAACACAACUUAUUGCUCAAGCAUGUGUAUCCAUUUUUUCUGAAUCGGGUCACUUCAACGUUGAUAACAUCAGAGUGUGCAAAAUCUUAGGUUCUGGUAUUAAUGCAUCCACUGUAUUGCAUGGGAUGGUAUUUAAAAAAGAAACUGAGGGUGAUGUUACUUCUGUUAAAGAUGCUAAAAUAGCUGUCUACUCUUGUCCUUUUGAUGGAAUGAUAACAGAAACUAAGGGGACAGUACUGAUAAAAAAUGCUGAAGAGCUGAUGAAUUUCAGCAAAGGAGAAGAGGACUUAAUGGAGCUACAGGUCAAAGCUAUUGCUGACGCUGGUGCAAAUGUGGUAAUUUCAGGUGGAAAAGUGGCAGACAUGGCCCUACAUUAUGCAAACAAAUACAACCUUAUGUUAAUCCGGCUGAAUUCAAAAUGGGACCUCAGGAGAUUAUGUAAAACAGUUGGUGCUACAGCUCUGCCUAGACUGGUUCCACCUAAUUUAGAAGAAAUGGGCCACUGCAAUAGCGUGUAUUUAUCAGAAAUUGGGGAAACACAAGUUGUCGUGUUUAAACAUGAAAAGGAAGAUGGAGCUAUUUCAACAAUAGUAAUUCGUGGUUCCACAGACAACCUAAUGGAUGAUGUAGAAAGAGCAAUUGAUGAUGGUGUAAAUACUUUCAAAGUACUCACUCGGGAUAAGCGCCUUGUCCCAGGGGGUGGUGCAACUGAGAUUGAAUUGGCAAAACAGAUAACGUCAUAUGGAGAGACUUGCCCAGGUCUUGAUCAGUAUGCAAUCAAGAAAUUUGCUGAGGCAUUUGAAGCUAUUCCCCGAGCUCUGGCAGAAAAUUCUGGAAUUAAAGCAAAUGAGCUUAUUUCAAAGCUAUAUGCAGUACAUCAAGAAGGCAAUAAAAAUGUUGGAUUUGAUAUUGAGGCUGAAGCUGCAGUUGUGAAAGAUAUGUUGGAAGCAGGGGUAUUAGAUACACAUCUUGGAAAAUACUGGGGUAUCAAGUUGGCUACAAAUGCUGCGGUAACAGUAUUGAGAGUUGAUCAGAUUAUUAUGGCCAAAGCAGCAGGUGGUCCGAAAGCCCCUAAAGCAUCAGAGCACUGGGACAAGGAUGAUUGGAAAGAUGCUCCAGAGCAAUAGUGUACAGUAAGAUACGGCCUUGUGUGUAAUGUUGACAAGAGUGGAAACUGCAUGAAUGCUUUUUACACUCUGCCUGAAAUGGAUAUGUUUUCUCCCACACUCACAUAUGCCUAGGCCAUAGCACUAAUAAUCUGCUUGAAGUAUUAAAGCAUCUUACAUUAAAACCCUAUUUUAACAAUAUUGAAUUAAUAGCACUAAAAGCAUAUGAGUUGAUUGCCAAAAAUCACCAAAGGAUGAGUAUUCACUUUGUGAAAGAAGUUUUUAGCUAUGGCUUGGUAGACUGACUGGCAAUAUUAAUAUACCUGUCUACUUAAAUAUGCCUGAAAGAAUACCCUUGCUAUUUAAAUCUGUAAAUACAGCUGUUAUUGAAACUUUUAAUUUCCUCUUCUGUAUGGAUAUAAUUGUUCUGUAUCACAAACACCAUUGCAUUUUAAAACAGCCUUGGUUGGGAACAUCAGGUUUUAGACACAAUUGGCCACGAAGAACUAGCUUUCACCUUACUAUUAGUUUCAUGAAACCUGAGAAAAUUGAAUAAACCUUAACUCUGCUCCAAAGACACUAAUAUGCACGCAAAACCAAAAAGUUCAUUUUUGUGUUUUAAAAAUGCAUUGUCAGUCUAUCAUGGCAUUAAAAAUGGUAAUUAAAGUAUUGAUAGACCUGCAUAUCUUUGUAUUGACAAUUUGAAAUAUCUUAAUUUCUU